AUGGAUCCACAAGGUCUAGGAGACCCGCCUACCAGACGACGUCCGCCGGACGCUGACGGCCGUGGCCAACCAGGAGGAGAGGCUCCAGCCGCUAGCUCAGCACCGGUGUCUCGCGCAAAGUCGUCCCCAGUGCAGCUACAGAAGAAAUCCGCUGGCAAAGACCAGAAGGCAGCGUCACCGAGACCAGCUUCAUCCACGCCCGCCGACUCCACACCGCUCCGUACCACCGCUUCUCCAAACGCUUCGUCAGUGUCUCCGGUACAUCAACUGAAACGACAGCGUGAGCGGGCAAGCCAAGUCGUCGAGAAGGCCAGCCCAUCGGAACACAAAUCGCCGGAGUGCUUCGCCUUGGAUCCUAGUUUUUGCUGGGUCCGGCUAGAAGACUCGAAGGACUCGUCGUGCGUCGAUGCUCUGAUGGUCUCUGGAAGCGGCGACGAGGCCACGUCGAAGACGCGACUACUGGACGACUCGUUCAGUGCAAGCGCGAAACCAGCCGAGCCGCCCGGAAAGCGACCGCGGGCAGAACCGGCGCUGAAGGGAUCGUCUGCCUUGCCAUCGACGACCAGAGAAGGCAAGCCGGGAGAACCACGAGCCACGUCCAGCAGUGACGGCGGCGACCAGCUCGGCGCGUCGUGUACGCUGAAGUCGGACGACGAGCGCCCCAAGACGUAUCUGCUCCACAACGUCUCAUCCAGAGUAGGCACGCUUCUCGGCAAGAUCUUCGGAAGGUCGCCGUCUGGGCGGGUAGCGCAGCCGGAAGCAGUCGGCCCCGAAGUCGGCGCCAGGACAGGAGGGGCGUCCCGGAAGCGAAAGCCGCACAGCUACGCAUCGAGGCAGACGGGAGAUACCGAAGUCGUCACUAAAGUUCGACCACGAACUAAAGAAAGCCUACUUCAACCAGUCGCGCACAGUUACACCAAAACUAUGAGCACUCAGGACGUUGCCGCGGAAUCCGUCGGUGCGUGCGUGGAGCGGCUAAGCAAGUCUCAAGAAGGUGUUACAGAAGGCGUGGCUGCGCACGAAGAGAAAAGGGACCGCGAAGCUAUGCUCGAGAUACCCGCGACUGAAUCCUCGUUGACCGGUGUGCCGUUUCCAGACGGUGACGGAGACGUUCAAGUGAAACGCCGUCGACGCACUCGACUGCCCACAGGCCGCGUUCGCGGCAGCGCAGCUGCGAGUACGCACCGUUACACGGUCGCAGUAAUGACCGCCGCUGGCGAGAGUCCCAAGAGGGGCGGACACGGCGAGAAGAAAUCCAAGGCAAAAAAGCACCGAAAGGACCGUCAGCCCGACGACGGCGACGCAAAGGCGCGCAAGUCCAGGUCCUCCAGCAGCGGCAGGGGCAAGAAACACGGUCGUAAGCAAGGUCGACGGCGAGACAAGGAAUCCAGUGCACGUUCGUCCAGGGAAAGGAGAAAACGUAAGCGCGACGACAAAACGGAGGAUGCUACCGAUAUUCUCGAGAUGCCGACGCAAACUGGGAAGGGCUCGACGUACGACGUCAGCGACAAACUGGCAUCGCGUGAGUUCAGCUUCGAGAUCGCCAUGCAGCCGUUCACGCGCGGUGCGCUGCCUCGCCCCGAGCUGACGCGACCCAGCAAGCAGCGGUUGGGCUCGAUGCGUGAGUCGCCAGUGAGUCCAAUGUCUCCUCAAAGUGUGGAACCCGGCUCUCCCGUGUCGCCUGAGAGGAAGGCGUCUUCCCCCCACGAGGACGACCUAAGACCUCUCAUCAAGCACGAGGCGAGAGAGGACCACAAGGCUCGUUCCAGAAGGGGCCAUGGCAAGAAGCCCUCCGCGAAAGACGACUUGUCGCCGCCGGUAGAGACCUCCGCUCCUCCGAGUCCGGCGGAUAAGACGAAGAAGCCGCGCAAGACCAGGUCGGACCGGAAGUCGAGGUCGGAGCGGAGGCACCGGUCAAAGUCGAAACACGGCUCGAAGCGCGCGCAUAGCGGGAAAGGCAAGCGAUCUCGCGGCGGAGAACCGCACGAGAAGGAGGAAUCGUCGCCGCCGAAAGAGGCCACCGCUUCAAGUCCAGCGCCGGAGCCAAAUUCGCGCGAGGAGACGUCACACCGGAAGUCAAGGUCGAAGCGGAGUCACAAAUCCAAGUCCAAGUCGAAGCACGGCUCGAAGCAUGGACGCCGUCGGAAAGGAACAUCUCACAGCAGCCGGGAAUCGGGUGAGAGAAGCUCCAGGGAACAUAGAAAAAGACACGGGACUCACGGGCGCAAGAAGAAAUACUCGCCAAAGGGUGCGCCGGGGCGCAGUGGUACCGGACCUUAUGUGUUCGAGUGGGGCACCGCCGACAUCCCAGGCGUUGCGGGCGUGGAGCUGAAGUGGAGCACGACGCAUAUCCACCUGGACUCGGGCGGUCUGCCUUCGCCGGGCGGAGACUACGAAGCGGAUAAACACGCGGCCGACUGGCUACCGUUUACUCCCGCGCGUAAGCCAUCGCAAGCCACCGGGACAGACAAGAAGCGCUCGGAGGUUGUCUCGUCGACUACACCCAGCCCAACUGUAACGUCCUCUGACCUUUCGAGCCCCGGCAAGCACGGGGACCGCCGAGAAGGGAGUCGCCGAUCACCGAGGCGCAAACGCGAGCAAAGACGGCCACCGCAGGAGGGGAAAAAGCAGGGAUCGAAGGAGCCGCCGGAAGCAUCGGCCACACCACGGGAAACGCGAAGGUCGUAA